GAGCGCCCGUUUCUGCUCCUCAGGUGACCCUGGGGGACCAACAUGGCCCCAAAGCGUCCUUCCUGCGCCCUGAAGCCCGAGCAAGUCCAGCAGCUGCUGCUCUCCUCCCAGGAGGCCAAGAAAUUCGCCUACUGCCCUUACAGCCACUUCCCUGUGGGGGCAGCGGUCCUCACCAGGUCCGGGAGAAUCUUCUCGGGAUGUAACAUAGAAAACGCCUGCUACCCACUGGGCAUCUGUGCUGAACGGACUGCUAUCCAGAAGGCUGUCUCAGAAGGGCACAAAGAUUUCAGCGCAAUUGCUAUUGCCAGUGACUUACAAGAUGAUUUUAUCUCACCAUGUGGAGCCUGCAGGCAAGUCAUGAGAGAGGUAAGCAGCUUCUCUUUCUUUCUGGAAUAUAAGCCUGAUGCCUCGCUGCUUUCCCCAGGCUGUGGAAGCAACACCAAGCUGCCACACAUCUGA